GCGCAGUGCGCUUGCGUAGUCGUUUCUCGACACACGCUGUUAUAGCUGCUGCUAGAGGAAGCAGCAGCCGCCGUCGCGGUUCUCCUGUGCAGUGUUUGCCUGUCAGGGGAAGCAGGAGCACUUUGUUGUUUCAAAGCUAACUUUAGUGUUCUCGGGAAACAUGGAUGAAUUGCAAGACGUCCAGUUGACAGAGAUCAAGCCCCUCCUGAAUGAUAAGAAUUCAGCUCGAAACUUCCAGGACUUUGACUGUCAGGAGCAUGACAUUGAGACGGCUUGUGGUGUUGUUCAUGUCACUAUGCGGGGCAUGCCAAAGGGAAACAGGCCCGCCAUCCUCACAUACCAUGAUAUUGGCCUCAACCAUAAAUCCUGUUUCAAUGCUUUUUUCAACUUUGAAGACAUGCAGGAAAUCACUCAACACUUUGCUGUAUGCCAUGUUGAUGCACCAGGACAACAAGAAGGGGCUCCCCCUUUUCCCUCUGGAUACCAGUACCCCUCGGUUGAUGAAUUAGCUGAAAUGCUCCCUGCUGUUCUUACACAUCUGAGCCUGAAAAAUGUAAUUGGGAUUGGAGUUGGAGCUGGUGCUUAUAUCCUUAGCAAGUUUGCAUUGAAUCACCCUGACUUGGUCGAAGGCAUGGUUCUUAUUAAUGUUGACCCAUGUGCAAAAGGCUGGAUUGACUGGGCAGCAUCCAAGUUUUCUGGGUGGACAACCAACAUUGUGGAUAUUGUUCUGGCUCACCAUUUUGGUCAUGAAGAGCUGCAAGCUAACUUGGAUCUGAUCCAGACAUACAGACUUCAUAUUGCACAGGACAUAAAUCAAGAAAACCUUCAGCUCUUUGUCACCUCCUAUAACAGCCGUAGAGAUCUGGAUAUUGAGAGACCAAUCUUGGGUGCGAAUGAAGAAGCAGGAAAAACACUCAAGUGUCCUGUCUUAUUAGUGGUUGGGGACAGUUCACCUGCAGUUGAAGCUGUGGUUGAAUGCAAUUCACGGCUGGAUCCAAUGAACACAACACUCUUGAAGAUGGCAGACUGUGGAGGGCUGCCUCAAGUUGUUCAGCCUGGGAAACUGACUGAAGCCUUCAAGUACUUUGUGCAGGGAAUGGGCUACAUGCCAUCUGCUAGCAUGACCAGACUGAUGCGCUCCCGGACCCAGUCAUCUUCCAGCGUAGGCUCCGGAGAAAGCGCCCAAACACGGUCUCAGACCAGCAACCCAGGAGAGGCAGCAGCUGGAAUUCCUGGAGCAGCUGAUGUCCACGAUACUCCUCAGACGAUGGAAGUGUCCUGCUAAGCAAGCAAUCUCCUUAUGUACCCAGACAGUCCCUCUUCUCCCCUUCUGAGCCCACCCAGAAUCCAGUCAGUGUUCAUCCAAACAUGUGGCAUUAACCAGUUAUUCCCUCCUACCUUGUGCCUGCCUAUCCUGCCUGCCACCUUCUCAGCUAUUUGUCUCUCUGACUUUGUUUUUGGAUUUUUUUUUGUAUUGGCUACAGAAAUGUAGGGUGUGUUCAGAUGUAGCUGAAAACAGGAGUGGGGUUGUGGGGAUUUUUUGGGGGGGGGGAGGUUCUGCAAGGUGAGCUCGACUUUCUCCCUGCCUUUGCUCCUGUGCUAACACACAGUCAAAAGCUGUCUCUUUCCUUUCUUGCCACUACUCCAUGCUUUCAUUUUUAUCUGCUUGAAAUGUUUGGCAUUUUAAAAAGGGGUUUCCUUUGUGUAUGUGUGUGUGGGCUUGUUUUUUACUGUUGGAAAAUGCUCUGAGAAAGUGGGGAGGCUUAAUGACUGACCCCCAAAGCUCAGCCAUUUGGUGCUGUGCAGAGCUCUGCUGUGAAAAGUGAGGAAAGGGGACCUUUAUGGGUGACACAAGGGCUGGCCAGUUAAUGCUGUGCAAAUCCAUUUUCUGCUCAUACUGGAAAAGCAGAAUCCUCCAAGCUCAGUAUAGAGAAGAAGACAGUACGUGUGUUGCAAAUGUAGUGAGUGCACUUCCACAAUAGGCUCACCACUGAAACUAUGUACAUCUGUACUCACCCAUUACUGCUAACAUUCCAUUGGUGCUAGCAGAGAGUUACUGUAUAUGAAGGUUCCAUCCUUUCUCCCCUGAAUUCCUGUGUUGUCAAACCAUGUGAAAGUGGUGGGUCUCCUGUUUUUUAUUUUAAAAAUCCAAAUCGUUUCUGUGGCUUAUGCACUUAGAACUGCUUUCUAGUUGUGCUUCUGCUGAAGGUUAUUAGGGCUCUUGGCUGCAGUCUUUACAAUGUCUUUGGGGUGGGCUAAAAAAUCAGUGUGUUAAAACUUCAGGGGUGGGUGUUGAAUUCUGUACUGUCUGAACUCCUGAGUGGAUCCCAGCAUACUGCAUAAUUUGAUAUUGUAGGAAAGUUUAGGUCUUUCACAGUUGAGUGAAUGAAAGGCUUGCCUUUCUUGUAAGUCUACAAAAGGAUCUCUUACCAGGGCUGUUGGGCCACUGAUUAAAGGAAAGGGCAAGCCUUCUAAUGAGUCUAACUCUCCCUAAUGAAGGUGCCCUAUUCAGCAGUGUGCAAGGGAUUUAUUUACACACUGCAGUAGCCAGAAGGCUGCAUUAUGGAGACUUUAGAAAUGGAUCUGGAUGAUAUUUAGAAUGACUUGACUUUUUACCACCCAGAGGGGAGGGGGGAACCAGUGCUUCCCCAAGCUGAGGACAAAAUAAGACUUGGUUUAAGGUGUUUAUGCAAAUAUCCUAUACCAAUGGUUACAAAAGAAUAACUUGUGCAAUCAAUUACAUGUGUUAAACAGCCACGCUCUCUAAAAUGAAACUAAGAUUCAGAAAUAUAUUUAAUGAUUGAUAUACUUAAUUUCUAAAUCAUUGGUGAAGGUUUUAGAUUUUUCAGCCUAGGACCAAGUAGCCACACAAAGUUCUACAAUAAAAUACCAAUUUUGAUGUAGCGGAGAGACCAAACAGGCUUCAUAAUUUUGAAUGGAUAAAAAUUUGAGAAAUAUUUAUUUGAUGUUUGCUAAAUUUGCUGAACACUGAUGCAUUAUAGUUACCAUGCCAAUUGUAUGAAUAUGCAUGUAGUCUUUUUUUUCAUUUACCUGGUUAAAAAACUGGCAUUUUAAAAACUGCCCUGAAUAGGGUUGUGAAUACAACUACACCUUCUUCUUGGGUAAUUCCCAAACCUUUUAAUUAUGAAACAUGCUGUUGGCAAUUUGUGGGAAUAAUUUAAUGAUCUGGUCAGCUGAGAUUUCAGAUUACACCUUAGGACAUCUGGAGGAUCAGCACUCAAUUCUAUAGUCUUUCUCCAAACCAUUGUAUUGUGGCAAAAACAUGGGAGGUGGCGGUGGAACUAUUUUGGAUCUGUUCUGUUCUGCUUGCAUCAUGCAGGCCUCUUGAACUUCUAUUGGAUUAAGGGAAUGCACUGACGUACUGUAUAUUGUAACAGUGUGCACUGUUUGAGGCCUGUUUUUUAUAUAUUUUUCAUAGGCUGAUAUUAAACUCUUACUAUCUGACAAAUUCAGCAUUCUUGAUGGAAGUGGAAGGUUUGCCCUGGGAGUUAGAAAGUUCCUAGAUUGUAUUGAUGUCCUGAAUUUAAAACAGUGUUGCUAUUCUGCUUCCGGUUGGGUCACAGAAGACCAGAAGUGUGUGAUCUCAUGGGAAGUGAGAGAGCUGCUGAUGGAAAGAGAUAUGCAGCUGACUUAUUUAUGACACGAUGGCAGAAUAUCUUUGGCUCAUGGGGCCAAGAUCCUUGGGGAAAACCAGGUUCAGCUCUGUUUCAGGUAUGGAACUGGGAGAUUCUGCCUGAGAGGAAAUUCGUACCAGUUAAAUAAAGCUAUAAUCAAUACUCAUUGUUAA